GCGGCGCCAGGCCUGCCCAGCCGCUGUGCGGAGCGGGGCGGCGCAGGCGCGCUUGCGGGGGGCGGGCGGGCGGCCGGCGGCGGGCGAUGACCGACUACAGCGAGGAGCAGCGCAACGAGGUGGAGGCCCUGCAGUCCAUCUACCCCGACUCCUUCACCGUAUUGUCAGAAAAGCCAACGACUUUCACAAUCACUGUGACGUCUGAAGCAGGUGAAAAUGACGAAACUGUCCAAACAACACUUAAAUUUACCUAUAGAGAAAAAUAUCCUGAUGAAACUCCACUGUAUGAAAUUGUCUCCCAGGAGAAUCUUGAAGAUAAUGAUGUCACAGACAUAAUAAAACUGUUAGAACAACAGGCAGAAGAAAAUUUAGGAAUGGUAAUGAUCUUCACUCUAGUCUCUGCAGUACAGGAGAAAUUAAAUGAAAUAGUGGAUCAAAUAAAAACACGAAGAGAAGAGGAGAAGAAACAGAAAGAAAGAGAAGCAGAAGAAGAAGAAAAACAACGUUUUCAUGGCACUCCUGUUACAAUUGAGAAUUUCCUAAACUGGAAAGCAAAGUUUGAUGCAGAACUCCUAGAAAUAAAAAGGAAAAAAAUGAAAGAAGAUGAACAAGCAGGCAAAAAUAAAUUAAGCGGGAAACAGCUGUUUGAAAUGGAUCACAACCUUGACACAUCUGACAUCCAGUUCUUGGAGGAAGCUGGAAACAGUGUGGAGGUUGAUGAAUCUUUAUUCCAAGAAAUGGAUGAUUUAGAGUUGGAGGAUGAAGAGGAUGACCCUGACUACAACCCUGUUAAUUUAGAUAGCGAUUAGAUAUUUUUUUGUACUGGCUCUGUCAUCAGCAUGGACUUAUGUAAGGAGAGAUAAGCAGGCAGAAAAGCCACAGCAUCUGUGGUUGUAGUAGUGUGUAUUGGUUUUAUUUUUUUAAAGAAAAAAUAUUUUAAAUCCAGGAGAACAGUCUUCUGAUGACUUUCAUUAUAAAUAAAUUGACUUUAAUAUUUCAAAUGAAAAAAUUGAGGCAUAUUGUUCUGUCUGAAAAUACUCUAUUUUCUCUCUUUUUUUUUUUUUUCCUUUCCACUUCUGUGAGUGUCCUGUGAAGAGAUGUGUACAAGAAGCAAGACAGAAAGAUGUCAUAGCAGUCACUAAACACAUCUACAUUCAAAGGCUGAGCAGCUGUUCUGCUAUCUUCCACCUAGGAUAUGCAUGGGCAAGUUUAGUGAAUAAAAGGGAUCACAUACUAUGCAGGUUUUUUUUUUCUUUGAAAUUUUAUUACACACAUUGCAAGUAGUGGUCAGUUUUGUUCUGAUGUCCCAAUUUACUAGCUGAACAGCUGCAGAUUGGCAGCACUAGUCAACUUCUAAUAAGGCAUAGCCAUAUCCAUUUUACUAAAGUAAAAUCUUUUGCCAUAGUUCAGGAAAAUAGUUUCAAAAUGACUAGUUCAACUUUGUAGAAAAAUAAAUAAAAUAAAUAAAAUAAAGUAAAAAAGAAAGAAAAAUAAAUCUGAGCCAUACAGUCCUCUUAAAAAAACAUUGUUUGAUUUGUUUAGAAAAGGCUUUACAAAGCCCUUUUUUUUUUGUGCAUUAACAAACAUCCAUGUUCCUCCCUUCCCCCCCCCCAAAAAAAAAAAAAAAAAAAAAGAAUGUUUGUGAAAACACUAUCAGCAGAAUACAGUAAUGUUAUUUACAGAGCGCAUGUAAGUUUGAAUGUAACGAGAGUUGGUUUAGAAGCAUAUUGUUGGCAGCCAGUAAAAGUCUUAACAUACAGUAAAGGUGCACAUCAACUAGUGGAUGGGAUGUUACACUGUUAACGAUUCAGACGAGUUGCUUAUGGAGCUACUAGCUUGAUGGUAGACUCCUUCCCCCUUUGCAUCUUCAAAAAAGAAAACCAACUACAAGAAGUGUGGUAUUCAAACAGGCUGUGGUUGAGACUGCGUCAGCUAGAAGGAUGGUAUGGAAGGUUUCAAGAAACUGCUCUCUGAAUAGAGAACCACCGUGCACCUUGAUUAGAAACUUCUGAAUUUUAAAACACGUCUGGUAGAUUGCCUUAACUGCUCCAGCUUCAACCUUUGAAAAGAGGAUUGCACUAAAGUGUCAGUGGUUAGAGGAAUAAAGAAAUUUUGAACUUUAGGGUUUAGAAAUUCCGUAUGCAAGAUGAGAGAUUUCAUUCCAGAAAUAAUUUAAUGAUAUAUAAGAUCACCUGCUCGCGCCACUUGAGAACAUCUGUUUAGGAUGAUCUGAUCUAACAUGUUUCAGUAGUCAUGUCUUUUUCUAUUCAAGAUGAAUAAAUAAGCGUUUCUAGUAGACAGAAAUAAAUGUUCAAGUACCCUAUAAAUGCUUUUAUAAAUUAACCAUGUGCCUUUGUUCCUACCAUCCUCUAUUUGAUCUUUUUAAUUUUGGCACCUAAGAACUCCAGAGAAGCAUCUAGGUUUCAGUGAUGAUGUAUGUUUCAAAGCAAUAAGCAGGAUCUGUGUUCCAGCAGACAUGACCAAAUAUGCUUAAAACCCUUGUAAGCUAAUGUGAUGUUAAAUCUGACUUUUCCAAAGAUGCAGUUGGAUUGAAAGCUUCAUAGUGACCGUGUCCAGCUUCCUGUGCAAUUGCUAGUGUACUUUAAAAUGCUGUUCAACACUGAAUUUGAUUUUCUUCUGCUAUGCCUCAUUUCAGCUGCAUUCAAAAAAAAAAUAAAAAUAAAAAAAUUACUUUCCACUGUCAGUUUAUAUGUUUAAAACUAGGAUAUUUUUCAUAAAAACAAUGAUUUGGUCCUCCUUAAAUCUGGACUGAAUUCAAGAAUACUGUGUAAUCUGUGCAAAAUGUGGUAAUCUGAAAAAGUUUUCUAAGUCACUGAUGAUACAAUAGUUAUCUAAGUGAGAAAAACGGGUUUCUUGCUAAUGGUAUUCCUAGAUUAAUGGGGUUUUCUAUUCUGUUUUCACAUUAAUAUUUUUAUUGUUUUUUACGCAGAGGAUGUGUUGUUUAAAGUUACAACUCUCAAGUUAAAAUGUAGAAAUGUAUUUUUCAUUGUUACUUGCAUCUUUUGUUUCCAAGCAGAGGUACUAAGGAUUGAAAUAACAAAAAAGAAUUGCUUAAGUCCAUUUCUCAAAGUCUUUGACAGACAUUUCAUAGACUGAGCUUUUGAUUUGUUUAACUUUAUUAUCCAUUAACAUCUGUGAAAUAAAAGGGAAUUUGACUGAG